AAUAAAUCAUGCUUGCACAUUAAACUUAGGUUUACAAUGUUUUACAUUGUCCAAUUGUCAUUGAUCUUUAUUACUGUUUGAAAAAGUUUUGUAUAACUAUGGUUAAGAUUUGAGAUUGAUUUAAGAUUUAAACUAUUUAAUUAGAAAAAAGUGAAACAUGUUUAUUUUCUAUACUUCAGUGAUCACACUGGUUUAAACUAGAAUUUUCUUAGUAUUAACUCUUGCAUUGAAAUCUACUCACUAGUUAUUUUCACUCUUUUUAUUGGAUAUUUAAAUUUUCUUUGUUGAAAGAUUUUAUUUAUAUUAUAAGUCUAUAACUAAGCUUUUAUCUUUAAUUUUUGAAUUGGAUGUUAUGUUGAAAUUUAUAUAAAAUGUCUGCUUUGAAACACUUUGUGUUUCCCGAUCAUGCACCAAAUUCUGGGACUGUGAAGGCAAAGUGCAAAUAUUGUCCAACAUACAUCUCUGGCAAUGCCAAAACAACAUCAAACUUUGUGACACAUUUAAAGAGAAAGCACAGAGACAUUUUCAUUCAAAGUAAAUCUGAGGAUGGUACACAAAUAUCGCAAACAAAUAUAAGCAACUUUACAAAAUCUACAUCAGUUUCAAAAUACUCUGCCAAUGAUGCUUCUCAAAUGCAGAUUACAGAUGCUUUGGUUUCAUUUGUAGCUGGAAAUUUAACACCACUCUCAGUUGUAGAGAGUCCCGAAUUCAAGACCUUUGUCGAAUCAUUGAAUCCAAAAUAUCAACUUCCUAGCAGGAAACAUCUUUCUACCAAACUAUUACAUCAGAAAGCAAGCAAUAUUCAAUCAAAUAUAAAGGAAAAAUUACGCUCAGCAGAAAGUGUGUGUCUGACUAUCGAUUUAUGGUCUAAUCGUCAGAUGAAGGGAUUCUUAGAAAUCACAGGUCAUUUCAUACUUGAUUGGUCACUCGUAGGUCAGCAAUUUGUCUAA